AUUGAAGCAACGGGCUCAGCUAUUGUCUUCACGCGCACUCGUGAUGCCAGCAACCGUCUCAGUCUCCUGCUUCGCCAGUUCCUCUCUGUUCCCGUAGUUACCCUCAAUGGUGAUAUGCCCCAGGCCCAACGUCUGGGCGCCCUGGGCAAAUUCAAGCGUGUGCCGAUGUCCGUUCUUGUGGCCACUGACGUUGCCAGUCGGUAA